CACUGGGAGCGCUGCAGCAGGUUGGAGUAGUUUGUGCAAAUGGCCAUGACUGCUGAGUUCUCUUUAAGAGUGUGAAGGUGAGAAGAUCUGAGUCUGUGCAGGUUUACUCACCAAUUUUUUGGUCAAGUGGAGCAUCCUAAAGUGCCCAUGUGACCAUCAAGAGUUUAGUUCUAUAAACGCAGCUUUUCCAACUCACUUUUAGCAGCUUGGAUGCUUGAGGACUCUGACACUCAGCUUAAACAGUCAGUUUGGAUCAAAUAGGAACAUUUAUUUUUCUCCACUAAAGCAUCACCACAGGGUUUACAAACUCCCAGAAGCUUCAGGAUGUUUUCCACAGCUCUCCUCCUCGCAGCGCUCGGCGUUUUUACGCAUUUGGACACUUUUACGCACGGGUGCCAGCUUCCCUCCGAGUGGCGGCCGCUGAGCGAGGGCUGCCGGGCGGAGCUGGCGGAGAUCAUCGUGUACGCCCGCGUCCUGGCGAUCCACCGGGAGCCCCUGGGCGGCGGGGCGGGCAGCCUCUACAACUCGCUGCCCUUUGGGUUCGGGUAUGGGUACGAGGGCGCGGAGGAAGGGCUGCUGUACUCUGCUGAGGUGGAGUUGCUGUGCGACCAGGCCUGGGGCAGCAUGCUGGAGGUGCCGACUGGAUCAAGGCUCAACUUGACCGGGCUUGGAUACCUGUCCUGCCAGUCCCACACCGUGAUGGAGAACUACUCCUACUUCUUCUUCCUCAGGAUGGACGAGAACUACAACAUCCUCCCCCACGGCGUCAACUUCCAGGACGCCAUCUUUCCCGACACAUCCGAUAACAGACGCACCUUCUCCAGCCUCUUCCAGUUCUCCAACUGCACCCAAGGAAGCCAGCCUUUCCACACCUUCAGCCCUGAGUGGGACACCCAGGAGGACAGCAGGCUGCUGUGUUCCUCGGUGCAGGCUGCACUGUUCGAGGAGGAGGAGCGAGGCCGCAAGAUGCAGGAGCGCCUGGCCGCUGCGGAGAGGAGGAACCGGCAGCUGAAGGAGCGCGUUCGGAAGGUGAAGCGCUCUCUGAGAAACACCCGCAAGGCUGCGCGCAAGGCAGAGCAGGAGGCGCAGGAGCUGCGAGAGAAGCUGAAGGCUGCGGAGCGGAGGGCGGGGCAUCACCUCAAUGCCAUAACACAGGAGGAGCCUCCACCAGGCCGUUACGCAAGCACGACGAUACGCAAGAGAAUGCAGCUUUAACGAAUCCCACCUGCCCCAAUCUUCCACCCACCUGGACUGAAAACCGUGGUCGUGGAGAGCGAGAGACUGCUGGGCGGUCUCUAUGUAAGGGACAAACAAAUAGCAACUGUCACAUAUGAGUAAACACACCUUAAAGUUAUAAUCUCCAUAACUUUCCUGUAAAUAAACUAGUCCUUCCUUUUGUAUCCCUGAUUGCUAUCACACAAGAGUGACCGUCAGGAUCAUUCCUGGUCAACUGACAAAAGUUCAAGAAGUUUCCUGAAAGAGAAUCAACCAUUUAUUUUCUCUAUGAUUACUCUCGUAGGUGGAGCAGCACUGUAGCUCUGCUGCCUUCUACAACUGGAUUCAGUUGCUGCUCAAUGCUCCUCUCAGGCCGUGAUCACAUAGGAUGUGUUUCUGCUCCAAUACAAAGCACAGCUGUGAGUGACAAGAGUUACAGUGACGGCAGGAGCUUAUUGGAGUGCUGGUUUCCCCAACCCUACAUAAAAGAAGUUCAUAUGUUAAAACUAUUGGUGAGGUCCAUUUAUGCUGGAGCAAGACGAGAAGAGAGAAAUAAGAAUUUGGUGAAAGGGGUACACCACCUAUUUUACAAGUCGCAUGGUGAACCAACUAGGCAGUAAAAGUGAGUGUUUUUUAACAACAGUUUGCAACAUGGCUGUGUUAGCGACCGAACAGGAUAUUUUAAGCCCAAACAUGAUCUUUUCCAAACUCUAACCAAGUGGUUUUUGCCCCAAAACCUAACCACACUUUAACCACAGCAUUGUGGCAACAUAAAAUUAAAAUUGUAAUGUAAAGAAACAUAAAGUUUCAACAUAGUCACUAUAUACAAAAUGUACAAAUGUAACAAUUGUAACAAAAACUUAAAAUGUCAGCACUAUUCUUGUGAUUGAGUUGAGUCAGGUUGAUAUGAGUAACUUGUUAACAAGCAGUCCCUUACGAAAGUCCAUGAUGUUUGGUCAUGGACUUUCGACAUCCAGAUACGACAUGCAAGGUACCCUGGAUGCAUUGGUUGUUGAUG